CAGCUGUGCGCACCCAUCACCAAAUUAACAGUUGUGUACGCUCUGCUUGACGAAUCGGAUUUCGCUAUAAAAUGUGAUAAAAAUCCCCGGAUGUUAUAUAUUCGCACAAAUCGGCGGGAAGACAGCCUUCAAGACGUCGUGCUGUGCGCAUUUUCGGUGUUACUUCGGACGCGGAUUGUCGAUAAUCAGAAAUCCAAUUAGAAUGUCAGCCAGCGCAGUGAUUCACUCCCCCGCGCAGCGACGGCGCUCUCUUCCUCUUCCCCUCUCCCACGAGCCGAAAAACUCGAAACUCCCGCUUUUCCCACAACAACAACAGCAGCAGCAUGGGCACCACGUACAACAACAACGCCCACCUAUGCUUAUUGAGGAUGAGGUUCACGGUGUAAUUGAACUCUCGAGCCAUAUCCAAGAGAUCGUCGAGCACCCACUCUUCCAGCGCCUCAAACAUGUCCACCAAUUGGGUCUCCUUCCGUUGGCCACCGAUAAGAAGGCCGAUCACAAGCGAUACGAUCAUUGCCUUGGAGCCUACAAAAGCGCGCAGGAUCACCUUAGGGCCAUCGAACGUAAUUCGCAUUACGAGCCAAAGCUUCCGGAUUGGUGUCGUCAGGCGGUGGAGAUAGCCGCUCUCCUUCACGACAUUGGACACGGACCAAUGUCACAUGCCUGGGAGUUGGUAACCAACCAUGAAUUUGAUCACGAGGAAAACGCAAUGACCUGUGUGGAUAAAAUCUUCAAGGAUGCCAUCAAUCAGGAGCUGGUCUCCUUGAGAGACGAUGGUGGUGGGCGAGGUGUUCAAUUGAUAAAGGCUUUGAUAUUGGGAUCCAGCGAGAAGCUGUCGUUUCCCAUGCUGGGACAUAACUACAUCUUUGAUAUUGUGCAUAAUCGUCGCUGCGGAUUGGAUGUGGAUAAAUGGGAUUAUCUGCGCCGUGAUAACAAGCGCCUGAAAAUACUCAGCUCUGCGGAAAUGGACUUUGAUGAUGUAUUUCUUCAGGCUCGCAUAUCAGCCGAUGGACAACGCAUCGAGUAUCGUUAUGCAGACUAUCAUCGGGUAUAUCGCUUGUUCGAGGCGCGAUCGCUGCUCCACGUAAAGGCCUAUCAGUAUCCUUUAACUUGUGCCAUGGAUGUUAUUUUUGUCAGUGCAGUACAACGUCUUGCGCCAGAACUACUAAGUAUUCGCUCAAAGGAUCCAAAGUGGCUGGAAUUGACCGACCAGUAUGUUUUAAAUGUAAUUGAAAAGGAUCCUAUAUCGAGAUUUGUGAAGGAACCCCAACGAAUCGUAGAAGUCACAGGGAACGACUGUUCCGGACCGGACAUCAUACGGGUGAACAGGGUCAUACCUGGACCUUGGGAGCUUAUAAAAUCGGCAAGGGAGUUAGUCUUCUUUGGCAACAAGCGCAAGAAGCGUCCAAUUACUCGAUGUGUAAGCCCGACGAUAGUCAGCAAGUGCUUUAAGUUAGAGUAGAAACAUCAACCAUUCGGUUCAUUUUCUUAUAUUUAAUAAACUAUAUUUCAUAAAAAGAUGUACAAAUACUCAAACGGUUGCGUUCGUAAUGCGACCAUUCUUAAUGCCAUUCACCUUUUGUUAUCCAGCAUAGUCUGUUAGAA